AUCUUGACUCCGCUGGUACCGGUCAUCGGCAAGUCCACUCAGCUCCAUCAUCGCUACCACCACCAUCGUCGCCAACACUACCACCAUUACUGCAUCACAUCUACACCAUCACCAGCAGCAGUGCCACUACCAUCACCUAAACCACAAUACACAUCCAUCGUCACCACCAUUGUAUCUAUAUUCACCACCACCACCACCACCAAAGAUCCCAUCCCAUCACCACUACCAUCAGCAAAACCACAAAUCCAUCACCACCACCACUACUAAAUCUAUCACCACCACUCUAUCUAUAAUCACCACCACUACUAUAUCAACAACACCACCAAAUAUCCACACUCCCCACCACUACCACCACCCGCAAUGACUUCCACCAUCCACCUCCUCAACCCAUCCUCCGCAACCGCCACAACCGUCGCAUCCCCGUUCACCACCAACGACAUCAACGACAUCAACGACAUCAACAUGAACAGCAGCGGCGGCGGCAGGAGGACUUGCCUGUACCGUGAGGCCUACAAGCACAUCCUGUUGCCCGCUGUCUACAGCGUCGUCUUCGUGCUCGCCCUCGCCCUCAACGGCUCCGUCCUCUACCUCUGCGCCUUCCGCACCGAGCGCCGACGCUGGAGCGCCAACCUUGUCUACCUCGCCAACCUGGCGGCUGCCGACCUCCUCUACGCCUGCUCGCUGCCCCUGCUGGUGCUGAACUACGCGUGGCGCGACCGUUGGCCUUUCGGCGACGCGGCCUGUCGCGCCGUACGCUUCGUCUUCUACGCCAACCUCUACGGCAGCGUCGCCUUCCUUGCCGCCAUCAGCCUCAACCGCUACCUCGGCGUCUGCCACCCGCUCCGUUUCGGCGGCCUGCGGGGCAGCCGGGCGGCCGCCCGCAUUUCGUUGGCCGCGUGGCUCGCCGUGGCGGUCGAGACGGCGCCGACGGCGGCGUUCGCUCGCUCCGGGGUCCUGCGCGGACGCGCCGUCUGCUACGACCUGACGAGCCCGGAGAACUUCGCCGCCUACUUCCCCUACGGCGUGGCGCUCACCGCCGUGGGCUUCGCCGUGCCGUUCGCUGUCAUCGCCGCGUGCUACGUCGCCAUCGUGCGCGCGCUGGUGCGCCGGCGCAGGUCCAGGGUUUGCCAGAUGCGGCACGGUGCCGGUGCCGGUGCCGGCGGUGGUGGCGGCGGCGAAGUGAAGAGGGCGGGCGGCCGCUCGUUCAGGCUCAUCGCCGUCGUGUGCCUGAGCUUCGCCGUCUGUUUCCUGCCCUUCCACGUGACGCGCAUGGUGUACCUCUUUGUCAAAAUGUACGGCGGCGGUGGCGGCGGUGGCGACAGCGGCGGCGGCGGUGGUAAUUACACCGCGGCCGUCGUCGGGGGUGGUAAUUACACCAUCGUCGGCGGCGGCGGCGACGAGUCGUCGUGCGAGCUCGUGCAGACCGUGUCGACCAUCUACAAGGCGACUCGGCCCCUCGCCAGCCUCAACUGCUGCAUCAACCCGGUGCUCUACUUCCUGUCGGGCGACUACUACAGGCGUGGGGGAGCCGCACACUGGGGCUGCUGCGGCGGCGGCGGCGGCGGAACGGUGGUGCCGGCGUCCACCGCGGGAGGGUCGCGCGACGCUGAGCCGUCCAACACCGACACGGUGGUGACGGCGGUGGUGGCCGUGGAAAGGCGCUAGCUAGGAGCGGCGAUUAGCCGCUCACGGCCGCCACCCACACCGUUGACGACGAAUAUCUUGAUCAGGUCCCCGAGUGGGUGCGUUAGUGAGUGAGUGCGUGGGUCAGUGGGUAUAUGAGUGAGUGAGUGGGUACGUGGGCGAGUGGGUAUAUGAGUGUGUGAUUGGGUGCGUGAGUGGGUGAGUGAGUGAGUGAGUGGGUGAGUGGGUAUAUGAGUGGGUGAUUGGGUGCGUAAGUGAGUGGGUGCGUGAGUGAGUGGGUGAGUGGGUGCGUGGGUGAGUGGGUGAUUGGGUGCAUGAGUGAGUGGGUGAGUGAGGGGGUGAGUGAGUGGGUGCGUGGGCUAAUGGGUAUAUGAAUGGGUGAUUGGAUGCGUGAGUGAAUGAGUGAGUGGGUGAGUGGGAAUAUGAGUGGGUGAUUGGGUGCGUGAGCGAGUGGGUGGGUGAGUGAGUGGGUGCGUGGAUGAAUGAGUAUAUGAGUGGGUGAUUUGGUGCGUGGGUGAGUGAGUGUAGGUGGGGACAGGCGUCUAUGACAUCUCCUUGCCAAACCCCAUUUGCCGGAGCCGGGAUACUGAAUCCUUACCCUCGGGGUUCCUCCAGAAAUGGCUAAAAGCCACUGCGAGUGGCCACUUGGAAUGUUUGAAUGCUGCAAAGAGAGGUUGCCAGACCUCUCGGGAGUGGGACUGGUACCGCCUGAAUCUUUGCGGUAUUCAGGAGGUCCGGUGGACCGGCUCUGGCUCCAGCCACCACGAGGGGUGGACAGUCCUCUACUCGGGGGAGGAGACUGCCAAACAACAGGGAGUGACUCUUCUUCUGAACAAAAUAAUGAAGGGGGUGUGGGAGCGUGGCAGUGAGGUGUGGGAAGCUGGAAGCCCCAGGCUACUUUUGGCUCGCCUUCCCAUCAACCAGAGGCAAGGAGUGGUGGUGGUGGUUACUUAUGCCCCCACCGAAAAUUAAUAUAAGUGGAGGGAUGCAGGCAAGGCCGAUGAGUCAGAUGCCUUCUAUGACCUCUUUCACAGGUGCGAGCUAAAGUGGCCCCUCGGGAUAGAGUCAUCUUGUUGGGUGACUUCAAUGUCCGAGUGGGUCAUGAUGCUGGCUCCUGGUCUGGAGUGAUUGGAAGGCAUGGGCCAGAUCAGCUCAAUAACAACGGUAGGAGGCUGGUAGACUUCUGUGCAGCCCAUAGGCUUGUAAUUACCAACACGUUGUUCCGGCAUUAGCACAUCCAAACAACAUCAUGGAUGCAUACCGGGUCCAAGCAAGAACAUCUGCUGGACUACAUAGUGACGGAACAGCAGAUGCGGGCCCAUGUCCUUGACACCAGGACCUACCGUGGAGCUGAUCUUCCCACUGACCAUCGACUUGUCAUCUGUAAGAUGCGCAUGCCUUUCUUCCACUCCGGUGGUGGGUUGCACAUAUAUUUGUAUAUGCAUGUGUGUAUAUCUAUGUAUGUGUGGAGCGGUAGUGUUGAGGUUAGCAUGCGGCACUACAAACCCGGCAACCUGAGUUCAAUUCCCCCUCACGGCCCACACCAUUGACGAUUAACAGAACCAGUCUUGGGCCUCCCCUAGGUCGACUCAGCCUUAAAUUAAUAUCUGUCUGUGGUGUGCAUACAUCGCCACAAGGGAGACAAAGGCGGCCAAGCGUGGUGCUGAGACCACUCAACUUUUUGUGCUUCGUGCAGGCCUUCAUAGGUGCUCGCUAACAGCACUUGCCCCAACAGUUUGUCCAAGCUAUUAGUGGGAUCUUUGCCUUUAUAUGUGUACGUGUCUGUAUAUGUUCGUAUGCAUGUGUGUAUGUGUGUAUGUGCUGUAUGUGUAUAUGCAUGCAUGUGUAGAGUAUAUAAAGUGUAUGCGUGUACGGGCGUCGCUCGCAUAAUGCAUCACACGCGUUCCUGAAAAAACAGCGUUGUAUGAAGCUAACGUUCCCAUAGGCAUACAUGAUACACGGGGGGGAUGCGAACCCCGAAGAAUAACACUGGUCAACACACUUUUUCUGGCAUAAGGUAUUCCAACGGUUUUAAGGUAAUUUUGGGGUGCUGAUUCCAAAUCUGGCAUCAGUUUUUGUCUAUUACAUCAUCAGGUUUUUGAGAUAUCAAAUAUUGCAUUUUCAAUAAAAACUGCAGAAGAAAAAUAUUAAAUAAAUGUGGAUAUCUACAUAAAAUGAUAUUAUAAACACACUAUCCAAAAAAUACAGCACCAUAUUUUAACACUAAAGCAGUCACUGACUCGCAACAACUUGCAAUCAUAAGUGACAGAGUUAAUUACGAUUAAAAUCAAUGAAAAUGGGGUAUGCCGAUAGCAUAAAAAUGAUGUGAUAGAGCAAAUCUGAGAUCCGAUUUGGAAUCAGCACCCUGAAAUUAGUCUAGAACAGCUGCAAAAGUCCAGGCCAGAAUUUUUUUUUUGUUGACCAGUGUAAUUGAGUAUCAUUUCAUUGUUUUAUCCCUGGAUUUACAACAUCCGUAGACACGUAAUGCUUAAUACGAAUAUUAACCUUACAUACAUAACGUAAUAAGGAGUUUUGUAACAAACCAAACAAUAAUUAAAAUUUAAAAGAUUGCUACUUGCAAAGAUUUCUUCAUAAGGAGCAACUUCAGUCAUUUGCAUCGGUAGCCAGUUACAUUGAUCAGUCCCAUCAGUCGCCAGUUACAUUGAUCACUUGCAUAAAUAUCCAGUCACAUUGAUCACUAACUGACCCACUCACUCACAGACUCACGCAUUCACCCACCCAAAAUACUCAAUUGCCCACCCACUCGCUCACCUACACACUCACUCACCCACUCUCUCAAUCACUCACCCACUCUCUCAACCACUCACUCACCCACUCACUCACUCACCCACUCACUCAACCACGCACUCACUCACCCACUCACCCGUGUACUCACCCACCCACACACUCACUCACCCAUGCACUCACCCACCCACGCACUCACUCAACCACUCACUUAUCCACCCACUCACCCACGCGCUCACCCACUCACUGACUUAACCACUCACCCACCCACACACUCACUCACCCACUCACCCAUGUACUCACCCACCCACACACUCACUCACCCACUCACCCAUGCACUCACUCACCCACACUCCCACUCACUCACCCAUGCACUCACCCACCCACGAACUCACUCAACCACUCACUUAUCCACCCACUCACUCACCCACGCGCUCACCCACACACUUCAGAAGGCAGGAGUGUAUUUCCCGGCGAGUACAGCCCGCAGAGCUCAGGAUCUCUUUUUCAAGGGGUGGCUACUCGACUGGCAGACAGCAACCAAAGCAGUCCCACAAGUUCACGGAUUUAAAAUAACAAGUCAGCAGAGUAGACCGUCAAUUAUCCGCGCCAAUGACGGUCACGGAAUAAUAAUUCAAAAUCGCGAAAAAUCCAAACAUUAUAACCAUUAUCCCGCGGAUCUAUUACGCCAAAAACCCCCACUGAUAACACAUUCCUGCGGAGGGAGCUGGUAGGAACGUUGGGUUGCUCGGUCAAUGGCCUGCAGGGUCAACGGCGGCGUGGUGUAUUCCGCAAAUAUGCCCGACUGUGAGGGCGGGCACAAGCCGGCGUGAGUAGGUUAAACGUUGAGUUUUAUAAGGGCACCACG